GUGACCUCGCGACGCCGCAAACAAAAUGGCUCUGAUUCUUGCAGAAUAGAAAAAGUUUUAGUUUUUGCCAUAUUUUCCGAUGCCGUAGUGGGCCAAUAGCAGAUGCAAACGGACCAAGUGACGCGUGUGCGAUUGCAGCGACGGUGAAGAUGGAAGCUGGUGUCCGGAAUACCUACGAAGAGCCCCACAAAGUGAAAAACCAGGCAGUUGUCUUCUUGGCCAAUUUGGCGUAGGAUACGAAAACUAGUUCUCACGCACACACGCACUCACACACUGAAGAAGACGCCAGUUGUCGCACAGCACAAAAACCUCUUCUCUUCGCUGGCCAAAAAUGGAGGGCAUGGAUCUGUGGACGUCGAUGUUCUCCUCGGAUUUCGAGGAGGGUGAGCCGGAGGGCGGGGAGGCGGAGCUGGAGGACGGCGAGCAGUACGGCAAUGGCAACGAUGAUUUCCUCGGCGAUUCGGAGAUCCUGGAUGCGGCAGAUGCCAUCGAUGACCUGUUGGAUGGCGAAGACGACGAAAGGGAGGAGGAGGAGGAGGGCGAGGAUGAGCACUACGGAAAUGUGGCCAAGGGACCCAAGCAACCCGAUCCCGAUGACGAUGCCCUCUUCGACUUCGACAUGGAACCCAUUGUCAGCAUAGCGGAGCCACAGCAUCCGGUUUUGGCUCCAGCUGGACCAAUGGGCCAGCAAUUGCGACCCACCAUGCAGCGCCACUCGUUUCCCGGCGCUGUGGGUCGUCCCCGCUUGGGUGCCGGCCCCUCUGUGCGGCCCACCACCUCGCAGAUCAAUGCCACGGAUGAGAACGGAGUGCCCAUUAACUACGAGCUGGGCGUGGUCUACAUAUGCCCCGCCUGCGGCGGAGAGUUCCGGCAGCAGGAUCACUGGAAGCGGCACAUGAACCACAUCCACAAGUACAACACGCUGCGCGGCCUGAACUUCACGCCGCUGGACAAGCUGUAUCAGCGCUGCAAGGAGUGCAACAAGCGGAUCGCCAUGCACAGCCGGGAGAAUCUGCUGAAGCACAAGUUCACGCACCUGCCGUUCCGCUGCACCAAGUGCUACAUCUGCAAGCGGGAGUACAAAUACAGGCAAGAUCUAAUGGUGCACCUGCGCAUGGUCCACUGCGACGAAGUGGUGGCCAUGAUGCGCGAGGGUUACAAUGCUGCGGGACGCAAGACACGAGUUCGGGAAUCGCGCACCGAGCAGUUGCAGCGGGAGAAGAGCUUCCGGGAGAAUAAUGAGUUUGGCGAGGACGAUGAUCGCAUUGAGGUGCGGAACGAGCUGCUCGAACCGGAUGGCGAUGAGUCUGGCCUCCUGGAGCCUUUGCCCGACAAGGAGGCCAAGAAGAAGCCAACCAGCAAUCGAGGAGCAGCCGAACUGUGCGAGGACUACAUACACUACAUGUGCCCCGACUGCGGCACCGAGUGCGACACCCACGCCCAGUGGAGCCAGCACAUCGAGUUCGUCCACGACUAUGUCAGCCGGCGGGGACUUAAUUUCCGGAGCGUGGACAUGCAGAUGCAGUGCCUCGAGUGCAAAAAGAUUGUGAUGCCCAACACCAUCAAAUCACUGCGCGCCCACAAGUUUAGCCAUUUGUCGCAGCCCGAGUGGCUGCGCUGUAAACUGUGCUACAAGGGAUACACGGAUCAUCAGGAAGUGAUCAGGCAUCUGCUGCAGCACCACCACAUGGACAAGCUGAUGUCGGAAGACGCCGAGGAGGAAGAUAGUGAAGCUCCAGUGAAUAUAUUGGAGGACGAAUGCUUGGAGGACAAUGGAAACGGCGAGGGAAAUGGCGCCACCUUGGACGAAGACUCGCCCUACUUUGAAGACGCCCCCCGACGCGGCGGUCGCAUCAGCAGCGACGACAUUUUCGAGCCGCACAUCGACUACCUCUGUCCGCAGUGCGGCAAGGAGUUCAUGGAGAAGAAGCACUGGCGCACCCAUGUCGUAAUGGCGCACAGCAUGAACGAUCUGACCAAGCUGAACUUCGAGAUGAUCAACGAGCGGCAGCUGAAGUGCACAGCGUGCGACAAGAUCAUCACCAAUGCGUAUGGCAUCCAGAAUGCCCAGCAGCACAGGAUCACGCAUCUUCCGUUCAAGGCGUACGCCAGGUGUCGCAAGUGCCACAAAUCCUACACGGAUAGGAAGGGUUUGGUAAAACACCUGGCUACCUAUCAUCGCGUGGGAGGGCCACAAAAGAUGGGAGUAGCUGCGCCACCACUGGAUCCCAAAUUCGCGCCCUCCAAGAACCCCAUUAAGCAGAUCGUGACGGUGGCCAAUGAAACGUUUGAGAUAAUCUACCUGGAUGACGUUGACCAGGGCAGCAUGGAGGAGGAAAAUGACUUUGGCGAGCAGAUGCAGGCGGACGAGGAGGACUUCCCCAUUGCACCGCCUCCACCACCGCCAGCGCCGCCGACGCAAAGUAACCAUCUACGCUACAAGUGCGCCCACUGCGCCUCCCUCUUCCCCACGCAGGCGGCCGUGCGGACUCACCUCGUCGAGACCCGCUGCCGAAAGAUAACGCUCAAGAGGCGGCGACAGACAAUGAUGCACUCACGAGCAGCGGACCCAUCUGUUCCCACCGUGGAGCAGAACUACAUCUUCCUGUGCCCCUCCUGCGGCCAGGAGUACAAGACCCAGUUCGAGUGGCGCCGUCACAUCAACGAGGUGCACAACUUUGACAAGCGCCAGUACCUAAACAUGCGGCAGCUGGACAAGUUUCGCUACCAGUGCACCCAGUGCAAGGACAUUGUGUGCAAUUCGAAGCUGAAGGGCUUGCAGGACCAUCACUUCCGCCAUCUGCCCUACCGACUGUAUUUGAAGUGCCUGAUCUGCGGCACCUGCUACAAUCACAAGCCGAACAUAGCUGCACAUUUGAGGGCCCGCCACAGCAUCUACGACCGGGAGACGCCGGUGAUGAUUACCAAACCGAAGUAUACAUAUAGCCGCUACAAGGAUAACAGUAGGGAGAAGCCCAGGUUGCCCUCUCCUCCACCGGCAGCGCCUUCUCCGCCGGGCUGCUCCUCAUCUGCUGCCUCUGCGGCCAGCAGUCGUUCCCUGAAACCCCAGCCUGGCGGCCUACCCACUCGACCCGCUGGUCUAAACACGCUGGAGGACAGCAUUUCGUACCACAAUGCCGUGGACUUGGACUUCAUCACGUACUUCUGCCCCAAGUGCAAUCAGAACUUCGACUCGCAUGCCUUCUGGCGCAAGCACAUCGUGGAGCAGCACAACUUUAACAGCCGCGAGGGCCUCAACUUCCGGCAGAUCGACAACCAUCACUACCUGUGCCUGGAGUGCUACAAGCGGGUGACAGUGACCCACACCAAGGGCGCCAUCGGCCAGCUGCAGUCGCACAAGUUCCGCCAUCUGCCGCACCGAUCCUUCAAGUGCUUGACCUGCGACGGCGAGUUUGUGCGCAAGCAAAUGUUCUUCAAGCACCUGAAUCGCGACACCAAUCGAUGCGACAACCGCCCGCAGCGGGAUUUGGAUGACGAGGAGGCCGAGCAGGAGGGGCAGCUGAGCUCCAUCUACCACCUGGCGUGUCCGCAGUGUGGUGACAACUUCACAACCAACAGCAAGAAGCAGUGGCGCGAGCACAUCAACGAUUACCACGGUCUCACCAAGCUGGAACUUUUGCACAUGAGCAAGGUGGGCGAGGAGCUUUAUCGGUGCCAGGACUGUGACGAGGAGUUGCAGACAAAUCGCCAGUGGGUGCUGCAGUUCCAUCGAUUCCAGCACCUGCCCCACGCGGCCUACAUCCGUUGCAAACUGUGCAAGCAGGGCAGUGAGGCGGGCUCAGCAACGGCGGGGGAGUUGCACAGCCUUCGUGAGCUGCAGCAGCACCUCCGUAAGCACCAUCCUGUGGUGGGAGAAAACGAGAUGAUACUGCUCCGAGAACAAAUCGCCAUUGAGGAAAAGGAGCAGGAGGAGGCCACGGAACUGCCUGCAGACGGGGAAAACCAGGCCGCCGAGGAUUCAGGACCCUAUAUGCCGUUGCCGCCGCAUUUAUUGGACGAUGGCGAUGACGUGGAAUUCGAGGACCAGUAUCUGCUCGGUUAAAAAUUGGAAUCAUACGAAUUUUUCCGAUUUAUUCGACAAAAUAUCCUAGGGGCAGAAUGUAAUCUCUUCACAAUACCAAGCAUUUUCGUCUUAAAUAAGGAGCUUAUAUUGGUUUGGAAUCUCAAUGCCAUUCAAAAAUGGGUUUGAAAAUUAGUAUUAAUUCUGUCAUUUCAAACAUUUUUAGGGAGAAACUUAAGUGUCAUUUCUUUUACUAGUGUAUAACUUUUAAAUAAUUUCUCGAAGUGAAAUUGUAAAAAAAACAUGUGUCACGGCAGCUAACGCAUAAUUGUACAUUUUAAACUAAUUUUCCGAAUUCGAUUUGUAGAAAUAUUCAAACAUAGACAUUUAAAAUCUACUGGUCAUAUAUAUAAAACUAUAAAUUCAAAAAUAAUCACAUUUGUCUACCGUUUCCCAAAAAAUAGUGCCAAAAUACAAAUCGAAUUCGCU